CUCGACUAGAACGAGCGCAGAAUUGGCUGAUAAAUGUGCCCUCAGAGCUCUGGAAGUGUUGCUCAUGGGCAACUGAACAGACGCAACUUCAACUUCAAGUCACGUUGGCCUGGCUUGCCACUGGGAAAAGCCCUAAGCUAGCGCCCUCAGCAUCAAAUUGAGGCGGGCCAAAUUGACGUGCGAACGUGAACAUUUCCCUUCUUGUGAUGAGAUUCUGAGAUCAGUUGCCGAGCAAUGCUGCGGGGAAGACGUCUUCGCAUGCACCCUUCAUUUGUCUACGGCUUUUCCUUAGCUUGCUGGCAGCUUGCAAGCUGCAAAUUUUGUGUUUGGCAGAGCUAAGAACGGAACUGAUUCACGGCUCUAGUUGACUUGAACUUGUUCACGAAAGAUUGCCUGAGGAAGAGCAGGUUUUGCUGCUCAUGGGAAGCCCUGCCCUGCGGAGCCAGGCCCUCAGUCUGUACCGAAGGAUACUGAGGGCCGCUCGGACCUGGCCUGGGCCACAGGAGGAGGUCAACUACAUUCGUAAUGAAGCUCAAUCCACGUUCCGGCAGAACCGAGCGCUUGAUGAUGCUACAGAGAUUGGAAAGCAGAUCGAGGAGGGAGAGCACCGCCUAGAGUAUGCACUGCACUACCAUAUCCCGUAUCCCCGCUUGCACAACCUUCCCACCGGGACCUUUCAAAGAAGCCGGCACAGAAAAGCGAAGCCCGCGUAUGAGCCGCCUUCUAUGGCUAUGGGCAGCCUCAAAGAUCUCGAAAACGAGCAGGGCGCCAGCCGAUAGCUAUCGAGCAGGUCAGGGUUCCUAGAACGACGUAGAGCGUGCGGCCUUGGGUUUGAACAAGUGUAGACCUAUAGCUUUUGGAUUUUGUCAGGACCGACACCCUGUAGGCUGAAGUACAGCAAUGCAUUUGAGGUAAACGUGCACUACCGAGGAGCACCCACGUGCAUGCAAUAAAUAUCCGGAUAAGAAUGACGGGCAGUCCCGUCCGUCUCAUCCCGCUGGGGCGGACCAUGAGAAGAACUAAUCAACUGGAAUCGAAGCGAUACCAUCGAAAACGAGGGGCAAGUUGGCGAGAUGAGAGUAUCCUGCUUCACUGCCGGCCCCGGCUUUCUAUUUAUGGCCUCUCAGUCUACGUGUCAGAACACAUAUACCUAGG